AUGACGAACGGUCACGUUUUGAAGUGCGUGCGCUUGUUUAUGCUUUGGUUUGCGCUCUCAACGCUUAGGUACUCUUCGCCUGCGGCGCUCUUUCCACGCAAACACCUCGCGACGCAACAUGACCAUCGUCAAGCAUAUUUCGAUCGUCUGGAGUGGAGCACAGCGGCGGCACUCACUCGCGGAUUUGCUAAGCCUACCCGCUUCGGCCCGAACCCGUCACCGGCGAAAAACCGGACGUACUGCCGCCCGACCUCCGUCCUUCAACCUCAUGUGUGCUUGAUUCUGCUCUGUGCUGGCGAUGUACCGCUCAACCCGGGACCGUGUCCUACUUGUCCUCGCUGCUGCAAGCCGCUCUACGACAGCGUGGUGGCGUUACAAUGCGACGGGUGCAACAUCUGGGUCCACAGGAAAUGUGAGCAGCUCUCAUUGCCUACCUAUCGGCGUCUGUCGAACUGCACAGAACCAUGGUACUGUGGCGUGUGCCAGCUGCCAUCGUUCGACGACAGCCUUUUCGAAGCGCCGAAGCAGCCUGCACUAACGACGAUCGCAUCACCUACCACAGCCGGGGAUAGACCAACGGCUCCCGGUACCACGGAAACAAGGAAAACAACCUCCUUCUGGUUCUCCAACCUCAGGUCCGUGAAGAACAAAAUGCUGGAGUUCCGGGUGCUCACUGAGUCCCGCCCCAACACCAUAUUCGCCUUGUGUGAGACUUGGCUGGACAACUCCAUUUACGACAGCCAGCUCGUCGACCUGACACGGUUUAAAGUCUACAGGAAAGAUCGUAACAGGUCUGGUGGUGGAGUUCUCGUCGCCAUACCGUCGUCAAUCACAUGCACUAGAAGACACGACCUAGACCGGAACGACCUCGAGGCCAUUUUUGUGGACCUUCAUUCAAAACGGGGCCUUCUACAUCUCUGUGUUGCGUACUGUCCCCCCAGCAAGAAAACAGAAAGCUACGAUUUGUUACAGUCGUCGCUGUCCUCCGUUACCCUCUCAAAGAAGAAGUACUCCAACGUGCUAGUUGUCGGAGACUUCAAUGCGCACAUUAAUUGGUCAGACUUAAGCUCUCCCAAGCCCACAGGACCAUCUGACACUGUCCUCCUCGACCACAUAGAAACACUCGGACUUACCCAAGUAUGCAGCGAGCCAACUUACGUCACCACCAAUAACCACGUUUCUUUCCUCGACCUCAUGUUCGUCUCUAACCCCACACUCGUCUCAAAUUGUUUCACAGAACCCAGCCUCACGGGCUCUGACCACAAAGCAUUGACUGCGACCACAUACCAUCAUUUGCCUAAAUCCGGUCCUCAUGCCAGACGCCUCCAUAACUUUGCAAGAUUGGACACCAACCACCCGAAUUCGCUUAUACACCUCGCCCCUUGGGGCAUGGUGCUCCAAGACAACCAUGAAGACCCAUAUGACAUAUGGCUCGACUUUAUGCACGCCAUCGAAGCUGAAUGCGUCCCCUCCAGAAAAAGCCGAAACAAACCCCGAGCGCCUUGGAUAACAAAGGAGAUACUGCUCCAAGCCCGACGGAAGCGUCAGCUGUUCGCACAAGCAAAGCGAAACAGCUGUCCCUUUACACUUGAGGCAGCCCGCACCCUCCAGAGAAACCUGAAAAAACAGAUAAGAAAGUCUCACCAAGAUUAUGCUUUGGACAUGGCACAACGGGGUGUAAGGGAUCCAAAGAUAUUUUGGGCCUAUGUAAGGCGUAACAAACAGAACACGUCUGCUCUAAACAUAUGCCAGGACGGCAAGGCUCUGAGUGACUUGGAGACUGCGGAACUUUUUAGCAAGCACUUCGCCGCAGCAUGGACACCACCCUGCAGCCUCUCAUCACAACCAGAAACUUGCCCAUCAUCAUCGCAGUCGGCCUCCUCGCCCCGCUUAGCUAGUAUCCUUAUCAACGAGGAUGAUGUCAAGGAGGCUCUCACCCGACUGAGUCCUUCACAGUCGCUUGGUCCUGACGGCAUCCACCCUGCGCUCCUUAAAGCAUCUGGUCAACAACUAGCCCCAUUACUGGCCCGACUGUUCCAGCAGCUCUUGGACACUGGGUGCGUCCCCGCCCCAUGGAAGCAGGCUUAUGUCACUCCCAUCUACAAAGGGAAUGGAUCCCCAGCAGACAAGCCAGAAUCCUACAGACCAAUCUCAACAACAUCAGUCGUCUGCCGUACCAUGGAGCGUGUGUUAAACUCUGCCCUACACAGAUACUUAAACGCCCACACUCUUCUGUCUCCAGCGCAGCAUGGCUUUCGCCCUAAUCGAAGCUGUGAAACUGCCCUGCUCACUCCUGUUCACCAGAUCAGUGACAGCCUGGACAACUCCACGCCAUGCGAACUGGUACAGCUCGAUUUUACCAAAGCGUUUGAUAAAGUAGACCACCAGCUCCUGAUAACCAAACUGGAAAGCACCGGUAUCGAGGGUCCCCUCCUUCGCUGGCUAUCUAACUUCAUCCUGCAGAGACAACAAAGUGUUAUAGACUCCGCCACCAUCAUGUACGCUGAUGAUCUCACCCUCCUUCAACCGAUUCAAUCCCAGGAAGACUAUAAACAACUGCAACAAGAUCUUGAUCACAUCCAAGCCUGGACGAUCAGAAACAAAUUACCCCUGAGUGCAUCAAAAUCUGCUACAAUUCACUUCACCACAAAAAGGAAAGCACAGAAUCCACCAGUAAUUUUAACUGUUAAUGGAACUCCAUUGGAACAAAAGGAGAACAUAACCCUGCUGGACGACCUUACACUUAUUCAACCCCUGAGAACCACCGAUGCCUACAGUGGGCUCCAGUACACCCUAGAUCUCUGCCACCGCUGGUCGCAAGUUAACGGCCUACCCCUCAACUGUGCCAAAAGUGUGUGCAUGACCAUCUCCCACUCAGUGAGGUCACAAUCUGCACCACCAGUCCUCACGUUAGGCGGCUCCCCCAUACCUCGUGUGUCCCACACCAAAUUGCUCGGCGUCACCCUUGACGACAAAUUGGAUUUCCACCGCCACAUCUGCGAUGUAGCGUCCAAAGCCAGGCGGACACUGGGCUUCGUUACCCAUCUCUCUCGCGACCUUCCACUAGAGGCAUUCAGAAACCUCUACACUGCCCUCGUCUUGCCCCAGCUGGAGUUUUGCUGUGCCAUCUGGGGCCCACUGCAGCAGUCACGUCAAAAUGCCCUAGCAAGCAUUCAAAGAAGGGCUGCUUUUACGUUCUACCGCCGCAGUACCCCCGGAAGUAGCCUCCUCAGUUACCGUGAUGUUAGCACCGACUCUCUCCUCCGCAACGCUAACUGGCGGUUGCUACAACAUCGAAGAGACGUUGCCUCCAUCCGGCUGUUUCGUCGUGUUAUGAGUGCGGACGACAUGGACUGCCCCAAUAUACCACGUCUCAACAGGCGUAGCGGUCGUCUGCAGCCGGUGCUGGCGCGCACUCUCCGCCACAGGAGAACAUGUCUCCUACGAGCCGCUGAACUCUGGUUGGCCCUACCCCCGGAGCUGACCGCAGUGAUCCCUAAGGACAGGGACUCUAUAAAAGAACUUUGUCAAUUGAUAUCCUGGCAAGAUGGCUGGCACCUGUGA